AUGAGUCCUCGACGGAACAGUGAAGACAUUGAGAGACUGGAACGAGGUGUCCGGGAGAGUUUGAAAGCGCAAGCUCGCAAUCUACAAUCUUCACUGGCUGCGUUGGCCGAAAAGAUCGACGAGGUCAAGACCGACCACGAUAAACUCGAGACGGAGAAUCGCUUCCUACAAGACUAUAUCGGUGGGCUCACGAGAACAAUGUCGAAAGAUAACCUCGCCCGGAGUACGAGCAUCAGCGGGAAGAAGAAGGGAAGGAGAUGA